AUGCCAUUUGCUCCUUUUGUGGGAGUAAACCAUCAUGGUCAAUCAAUUCUUUUAGGGGCGGCAUUAAUUUCAAGUGAGGAUACGGAGUCAUUUGUUUGGUUGUUUGAGGCAUGGUUGAAAUGCAUGAAGGGCCGUGCGCCAAGGGCAAUUAUUACAGAUCAAGAUAGGGCCAUGAAAAAUGCUAUUAAGAAGGUGUUUCCGAAUGCUCGUCAUAGAUUUUGUUUAUGGCAUAUACUGAAAAAACUUCCGGAAAAGUUUGGAUCACAUUUACAAUACUAUGCCAUUAAGAGUGCCAUAAGAAAUUGUGUGUAUAAUUCUCAUACAUGUGACGAGUUUGAUGCAUGUUGGCAGAGUAUGCUUGAGUGUUAUAAUCUAGAGGAGAAUGCAUGGCUGCGUGGUUUAUACAGUGAAAGGACUUUUUGGGUACCAACAUAUUUGAAUGAUGUAUUUUGGGCCGGCAUGACUACCACACAGCGUAGUGAGAGUAUGAAUGCCUUUUUUGAUGGUUAUGUGCAAUCGUCCACCUCACUGAAGGAAUUUGUGGAUCAAUACGAUAACGCUUUGCGCAGGAAGGUUGAGGUUGAGAAUGUUGCUGAUUUCGAUUCCUUCAAUACCACCAUUUCAUGUGUGAGCCAUUGGCCCUUUGAGAAGCAAUUCCAAAAAAUUUACACCCAUGCAAAGUUUAGAGAAGUUCAGAAGGAGAUUUCAUCGAUUAUGUAUUGUGGUUCUUCUCUUUUAAAAAGUGAAUGUGGAAUUCGUACCUAUCAGGUGAUCGAACAGGUAGAAAUUAAUGAAUCCUAUAGGAAAAAAAUCGUUUUUAAUGUUUGCUACAAUGGCCCUGUAUGUGAAGUGAAUUGUAGUUGCCGUUUGUUUGAAUCAAGAGGAAUUUUGUGCAAACAUGCCAUAUCCGUGUUGACUACAUUUGAAGAUGUCGAUUUCUUGCCCGAAAAGUAUUUUCUAAAUCGAUGGAGGAAGGAUUUGAAGCGGCCAUAUAAGUUAAUCAAGAGUAGUUAUGAUCCUUUGAGUGGCAACCCUACUGCAGAUCGAUAUGCUGAACUGAGCAACAAUGUGCUGAAGUUGGCCGCUAUUGCAGCACCAAACGUGGACCAUUGCAUGGAAUUGCAAAAGUAUGUUGAUAUGCUAAUUAAGAAAUUUAGCGGUCCAAGCUGUGAACAAAGUCAACCUUCCCAAUCACUCCCAAGUGCAAGUGAUCUCCCAAGUGCACCUAUGAUCGAUAAUGGAGCCAUGGAUUGUAUGGAGAUGGAGGUGUGUAGUCCUCUUGUGGCUCGAACUAAAGGCGCGCGACCAUCAAUCAGAAAAGUGUCUGUGGUUGAAAAAGUGGUGAGAAAAAAGUCGUCAAAAGGAGGAAAUAAGAAACAGAGCAACGCAAAUCCCGAGCAGCGAAGGAAAAGAAAGAAGGUAUUCAACUAUUCAAAAGUCGUUGUAUCUGUACUUGUUCAUUUGUAA